GUUUCCGCUUCCGCUCUUCCCGGGUCCAGUCUAUCCUGGCGUGGUCGCGGGGUCGGCAUGGCUGCUGUAGGCGAUCAUGGUUCGCCCGACAGCUACCGCUCACCUCUUGCCUCCCGCUAUGCGAGCCCGGAGAUGUGCUUCGUGUUUAGCGACAGGUAUAAAUUCCGGACAUGGCGGCAGCUGUGGCUGUGGCUGGCGGAGGCUGAGCAGACAUUGGGUUUGCCUAUCACAGAUGAACAAAUCCAGGAGAUGAAAUCAAACCUGGACAACAUCGACUUCAAGAUGGCAGCUGAGGAAGAGAAACGAUUACGACAUGAUGUGAUGGCUCACGUGCACACGUUUGGCCACUGCUGUCCAAAAGCUGCAGGCAUUAUUCACCUUGGUGCCACUUCUUGCUAUGUUGGAGACAAUACUGACUUGAUUAUUCUUAGAAAUGCACUUGACCUGCUUUUGCCAAAGCUUGCCAGAGUGAUCUCUCGGCUUGCCGACUUUGCUAAGGAACGAGCCAGUCUACCCACGUUAGGUUUCACACAUUUCCAGCCUGCACAGCUGACCACAGUGGGGAAACGUUGCUGUCUUUGGAUUCAGGAUCUUUGCAUGGAUCUCCAGAACUUGAAGCGUGUCCGGGAUGACCUGCGUUUCCGGGGAGUAAAGGGCACCACUGGCACUCAGGCCAGUUUCCUGCAGCUCUUUGAGGGAGAUGACCAUAAGGUAGAGCAGCUUGACAAGAUGGUGACAGAUAAGGCGGGAUUUAAGAGAGCUUUCAUCAUCACAGGGCAGACAUAUACACGAAAAGUGGAUAUUGAAGUACUGUCUGUGCUGGCUAGCUUGGGGGCGUCAGUACACAAGAUUUGCACCGACAUACGCCUCCUGGCAAACCUCAAGGAGAUGGAGGAACCCUUUGAAAAACAGCAGAUUGGUGAGUGCUAUGUAGAGACCUGUGAGCACACAGAGCGGCUGGAGGGCUGUGGAUGGGGGCUGAGAGCUCAUUCAGCAGCAUGCUUGCCUACUCACUAUCCUCUGAAGUCUCUCUGCCUUUGCAUCUUGUCCUUUUUUACAUGGGCAGGCUCGAGUGCAAUGCCAUACAAGCGGAAUCCCAUGCGUUCAGAACGUUGCUGCAGUCUUGCCCGCCACCUGAUGACCCUUGUCAUGGACCCGCUACAGACAGCAUCUGUCCAGUGGUUUGAACGGACACUGGAUGAUAGUGCCAACCGACGGAUCUGUUUGGCCGAGGCAUUUCUUACUGCAGAUACUAUACUGAAUACGCUGCAGAACAUUUCUGAAGGAUUGGUAGUGUACCCCAAAGUAAUUGAACGGCGCAUUCGGCAAGAGCUGCCUUUCAUGGCCACAGAGAACAUCAUCAUGGCCAUGGUCAAAGCUGGAGGUAGCCGCCAGGAUUGCCAUGAGAAAAUCAGAGUGCUUUCUCAGCAGGCAGCUUCUGUGGUCAAGCAGGAAGGGGGUGACAAUGACCUCAUAGAGCGUAUCCAGGCUGAUGCCUACUUCAGUCCCAUUCACUCCCAGUUGGAUCGUUUACUGGAUCCUUCUUCUUUCACUGGUCGUGCCUCCCAGCAGGUGCAGAGAUUCUUAGAAGAGGAGGUGUAUCCCUUGUUAAAACCAUAUGAAAGUGUGAUGAAGGUGAAAGCAGAAUUAUGUCUCUAGAGUUGGAAGAGAAUUAAACGAAAAAUCAUUAAUUGCUGAGGCAUGAAAAUUGUGUUACUGUAAUGCCUUAUUUUACCUCGAGAAUUGUUACCUUAAAUUAAUACAGCACUUUCUUCUAUCCAUGGUCUUUCCCAUUUCUCAGUCUCAUAUUUCUCAACAAUGCAGAAACAAAGAGCAUUGAAGUUUACUCUGUUGUUUACAACAACACAAACUUGCAUAAUAAAUGUAGUUCGUACUUGA